AAAACCAUACAGAAUACUAGAGUUAAGACUUUGACUUAACGAUGGCAGCGCGAGACUGCGCUUCUAACAGAACCUUUUUCCCUUUUUAGCGUAUCGCCGCCGUGAUAACGGAUAGGUAUUUUCAUUUCAACUUGGACUAAGAUAACAGCUAUGAGUGAGGCGAUAGGGGACCAGGGUGACGAGAUUAGGAGGAUUCUCCUAAGCCGGCAUUUAGACAAUGUCUUCAGCGGAACCGGUGGACCCAAGCGGCCAGGAAGCGCCCCACCACAAGCAGAAAUGUUACCAGGCUCUCCUAUGGGAGCAGGGGCACCGGCAUACAACCUUAUUACCGGCGAGCCCUUAAGGGAUGGCAGCAAUGGGGCUGUCACCUCCGGUACCCAGCCACCUCCACAGUGCAGGGCCCUCGAUGGCAACGACCUUGGCUUAGCACCUGAUGCUGAAGAAGCCCUGAGGUCGCAGCCAGAUUACGUCGCUUAUUACUACGCAAACGUACGCAAUAAUCCUCGCCUCCCACCUCCACUUCCGGCAAGAAACGUCAAUGCGGCAUGGUUUGAGAACGGUAAAUCGCUGGCUUCCGAUGGCCUUGCUGACGCACAGGCCAAGCCCGAUGCUGGCGACGCCCAGGCCAGAGCUACUUUUAACAUGUUAUUCGGCAACUUCAAGGACGGUGCUGAGCCCAUUCCAAUACGAGGCGCGGAUUACAUAGGGCAGGACUUUGCCCAACAAGCGAGCUCAAGCCUUGGCGCCGCCAGCGGCAUAUCUCCGCCGCAGCCUCCCGACACACUUGCUGCUGCAUGGGCCAACGUCAACUCCACAAAGGCCUCCAGCAGCGCCACACAGCAGUUGCUGGGCGCGUACGGAUCACCGAAGCCUCCGACCGCCUUGAGCCCGUUGCUAACGGCUGAGCUGAACGCCCAGGCCAGCGGCAUUUCCCUCUACUCGGCCCACAGUGCAGACGAACAGACCCUUCAUGAGUCCCUCUUCGUUGGCAGCAACCCACACACUCCUAUGGGAAGCCAGCAUGGCGGCGUCAACCCGCUCUUUGGCUCGUUCAACCCAGACUCGCCGCGCCCACCGUCCUUGGACGCCGUGGGUCGCUCCGUGAGCAGCAACAGCCUUGGGGCGGGAACGCUGGGCAAGGACCCCAAGGUCAACCCUGCCCCGGGGCCCGCCGGUCGCAUCUCUUCCGUCAUCGGCGACCAGCGAGUGACUCUGCGCACGCCAUCCAAGCUCCGCAUUGGAAGCACUGUGGCCGACCAAGACCCGCAACAGCAGCUGCUCAACAGCCUGACGGGCGCGGACGGCGCUGCUGCAGCGGCAGCCGCGGCGGCUGCGGCUUGUGCAGCCGUUGACCCAGAAAAUGCCGCCGCCGCAGCUGCUGCGGCGGCGGCGGCACAGGUCCAAGCAGCGGUGGAAGCUUUUACAAAUCUUCCGCCAGCGGCCGCUACAGCCUUUGCCGCGGCAUUGGGUGGUGGCGACCAAGGGGGAGUUCCCGUCAACGGCCAGCCGCUUGUCGCUCCCGAGGUGCUGCUUGGUGGCGCUGGAGCGCAGCAGCAGCAGAUGCAACAGGCGAUGUACAUGGCGGCUGCGAUGUACCCGAUGUAUUAUCAGCAGGCGCAACAGACGGCAGGGGUGCAGCAGAGCUUCCAGAAGGCCAUGCAAGCUGCCGCGAUGGCCGGCUUUCCUUCCAUGCCGGGAGCAGCGGGUGGAUUUCCGGUCAUCCCUGGCGCUGUACCUCCUGCCAUGCUGCAAGCCGCUGCCUUUCCUCCAGCCAUGCUCGGUGGUCUGCCGCCUGGUGCAGCCGCCCUAUUCAGCGCGGGCGGAGUACCCGACAUGGCGGCACUGGCGGCUGCAGGGUUGCGGCCGCCGCAGUCCUUUGGUGCGGGCGCUCUGGUGCCGCCCUUCCAGCCAGGCAUGGCCAUGGGGAUGGGCGGCGGCGCCGAGUACGCAGCGUACUACCAGAAGAUGAUGGAGGCGCAGGCCGCCGCUAUGGCCAUGGCGGGAGGCGGGGUUCCCAAGGAUGCCGACGCAGCAGCGGCUCUCCUCCGUGCUGGAGUGCCACCACCGCCGCCGCCGCAUGGGCAGCCGCCGCCUCCACCCAAGGACAAGAGGGGCGGCAGCGGCGACCCCGCCGGACCCUACGGUCAUCCCUUGAGCGGCGCUGGUGGCAGUGGCGAGUUGGGUCUACGCGGCCGCAACAAUUCUAUCGGCCGUGAGGGAGAUCGCCUAACGCCGCGUAGCAGUGGUACCAUCCCGCCGCAAGGUAUGGGCUCGCCUUCUGGCGGCGGUACAUCGGCUUCAGGCUCUCCGGUCACUUCCUCGCCUUUUGGUGCUCCCGGUGUCGGGCCGGCCAUGCACAACAGCCGCCUGCGCUCGGCGUCAGGGCCUCAGCCGUACGGCGCUCAGCAGCAUGACGGCCACAUGAUGUCACUGGGCAGCAUGGGCAGCGGUACCCUUCCAAGCGCCGGUAGUCUGGGCCAGUCGGGUGGCCAGGGCUACCAUCGGGAGUCUCGCGGACCUGACGGCCCGCCUCAGCGCCGCAACAGCAUCCGCCGCGAUGCGCUCAUCUCCGAGGGCGCCGAGCCCCACAGCAACGGCGGCAACAGCAGCCAAGGUGCCGGCGGCAGCGGCCGCGGGCCCCGCAGCAGUGGAGACACGCUUCUUGACGAGUUCAAGACCAACAAGACGGGCCGUAAGUGGGAGCUGCGGGAGAUUCUGGGCCAUGUGUACGAGUUCAGCCUGGACCAGCACGGCAGCCGCUUCAUCCAGCAGAAGCUUGAGGGCGUCAGCUCGGAGGACCUGGACGCCGCGUUCAGCGAGGUGCUGCCGCGUAUCAUGCACCUCAUGACGGAUGUGUUUGGAAACUACGUGGUGCAGAAGUUCCUAGAGCACGGUUCUCCGGAGCAGCGCGCACGGCUGACCAAGGCGCUCCAUGGCCACGUCCUGCAGCUGAGUUUGCAGAUGUACGGUUGCCGUGUGGUGCAGAAGGCGCUCGAGGUCUUCUCUGAGGAACAGAAGGUUGAGCUGGUCGCUGAGCUGGACGGUCACAUCAUGCGUUGCGUGCGCGACCAGAACGGCAACCACGUCAUCCAGAAGUGCAUCGAGUGCGUCCCCGCGGCUCGCAUCCGCGGCCUACUGGACAACUUCCUCAUGUGCGUCGUGCCCCUGUCCACUCACCCCUUCGGCUGCCGCAUCAUUCAACGCAUCUUGGAGCACGUCAGCGACCAGCAGCGCCGUGCCGCCGUCAUGGCCGACAUCCUGGCGUCUGCCGUACAGCUCACGCAAGACCAGUACGGCAACUACGUGAUUCAGCACGUGUUGGAGCACGGUACGCCCCAGGAGCGCUCGUCCAUUUCUGGCAGCCUGGCUGCCACCGUCGUACAGCUCUCCAUGCACAAGUUUGCUAGUAACGUCAUCGAGAAGUGUCUGACGUACGGCAGCACGGCGGAUCGUGACCUUCUCAUUAACAGGAUGCUGGGCGCCCAGGCGCUGCAGAUGCAGCAGGCGGCGGCUGCGGGUGGUGUAGACGCUGACAUGGAAGUCGAGGAUCCCGUGCAAGUCAUGAUGAAGGACCAGUUCGGCAACUACGUCGUGCAGAAGGUGCUGGAGGUGUGCUCCGACGACCAACGCGAGAUCAUGCUGGCGCGCGUACGGCAGCAGCUGCACGCGCUCAAGCGCUACACGUACGGCAAGCAUAUCGUGGCGCGCGUCGAGAAGCUGCUGUCGGCCGGCACGCGCUAUCAAACACACGCCAAGGGCCGGUUGCUGCCGGAUGAUGAGGCAUUGGCUGCUGCGGCCGCGGCAGCUGGGCGGCUGAACAGCCUGUCUAUCACUUCUCCGCCACCGCCGCCGCCACCCCCGCCGCCGCCCUCAGCAGCCGAAGCUUGGGCUGGCAACCCUGAUUCAGCAGCAGCACAUGGACGAGGCGGCUCGACGGGUUCAGACGGCGGCGGUAGCGCGCAGCCAGCGGCGCCCAACACACCCACUGUAUCUGCCGGCACGGCCGAGGGCGGCUACUCGAGCAACGUUGUGGCGACCACGACCGCAUCCGACGAGGGCGCGGCUCCGGCGGCCCCUCAGCGCCCCAGCUCGGGUGUUGUGGGCCUAGACGCCUCGGUUGAUGGGCCGGCAAAGGCAGCGAACUAGGCCGCGUAAGCGGCCGACCGACGUGAGGGGGAUGCAAUGCAUCCGACAUCGGCAUAAGUUCUCGCACAAUUGAGGUAAUGUGUGUAUAUUUAGAGACCGUGUGCGCGUUUGUUUAUAUGGUAGACCUUCGGAAUGGCGUCCUGAAACCCUAGGGGUGUCAUUGGAAUAUGUUAUCAGUGCCUAGAGAACCAAGAGCAGUUUUCGUUUUCGUGUUCGCUCCUGAUCAUUUUCUGAAUGGCGCUACCCGCUUGAGGUUGGAUUAGUUUUGAUUGUGGCGUCUAAUUGUGGUUCGGAAAGCGGCGUUGCUGCGUCGAGGUGCUUCUCCGGUCGUUCAGCUGUGGCAUAUAGCCUGACAGGAUAGGCAGCGUAGGCGAUUGCGAGGAAUGCAACUCUUUGAACCCGCUGCUCCUGCUGCAGCCAGCAAUAGCCGCUUCUGUUUUUCUUGUCAACGUCCCCAUCUUAGGGUGGCGGAACUUCCUAGUAAAGAAUUGUUUGUGAACAUAGAUUGGACAUACAAGCAGCCUCGAGGUGUGUGACGUGUGUAGCGGCAUAGGGUGCUGAGAUGGGCGCGCGGGGCUUCUUUAAAGUGCGCCGCAUGGCGCCAUGGCAGGAGCCGCUGUUGCCUAGCUUUCUUGACCCGCUGCCAGAGGCUACGUACCAUGAAGCGGAGAUGGCUACCUGACGGAUUGUGACGGGGUGGACGCGGGGGUGUCUCGUGGUCGUGCGGUCAUGGACAUCCCGAGCGCUGCCUUCUCUUCGCGCUCAAACUGCUGUGCCCCUAAGCGCUUCGCCGCACCAUGGGUCGCACGCCCCUAGUAAGCGGACCCAGAUGCGUGAGCGCGUCUGCCCCUGUGUCUGCGUGUGGGCGCUUGCGCAUGUGAUGUGCCGGCUGCCUGCAGACGGGCAGGUGCUAUUCAUCUUGGCGGUGGUUGCUGCGCUCGUGUAGCUACGAGUUGGGUGGCGACUUUGGAACUCGGAUUCAGGAACAUGCCUGAUUGCGCGCGUCUUUGUACGUCUCGGAGUUAGGACUUGAGCUGUGGGGGGUUGAGUGCGGACUCGGAUAGCGUCUGCGGAGCAACUGGGAUGUUGUUGGAGCGAUGCAACGUCCUGACUGUGGCGUCUUCGGCUGCAGGUAAUGAGGCGUUAGAUUGGACAUGCAGCCAUGCAAUGGCUGAGCACUAUGGAGGCAGGCAUGUGGAGCGGGAUUGCAGGUUUGCUUGCUGAACUGCCGCGGGAGUUGUUAUCUGCUGGAUGUCUUUCUCUUGGCUGGGGAUGUGGCGCACAGGUGCUGCGGUACACGCGCAAGGCGCGUGUCAUGCCGCAUGCAGGAGAGUUAUUCGAUGUUUUGCUGGCAGCAUGUGUUGCUUGGGCUGCUAGCGUGUGGCUGCUGAGUGCGUAGGACUGCUCAGCUGGAACAGUCUGCGCAUGCUGUUCAGAGACAUGUUCGUACCGGUAUUGUACAAACCUGGAAGCAACAUACCGGUUCUGCUGCGGUACCAGGUGCCAUAUGCUUGCAAUGUGGCCAGUGUGCGUGCGUGGGCUUCUUUCAUAGCUCUUUGGCGUGUUUUUGAGGGUAAUACGUUUAUGAGCUGUACAUCCGCUUUGUUUAUGUGGUGUACAAAGUUCUGGUAUCAUGUUUGCCUCCCGUUUUGGGCGUCCAUAGCCGAAAGGGUACAUACUAGUAUUUGUCCACUUUGCGUGCCCCGCCUGAAACACCUUGGCGGUGCGCCUGCCACACAUACCGAGGAGGACGCGUGACAUAUCGAGGAACGAGCCUGUGCCCACUCUCCGCUGGCGGUCGGCCUUUGGUCCCCGCUUGCUCGCCUGACGCACCUGUGCUACAUAAGGGCGGUGAGGAUGGCGAGUAUGUUGGGCCAAGUGGUGAGCGGCGUUGUGGGUGUCACAGAGCUAAUCAGGCGUUUGAAUGCUAGGACUAGCCUAGCUGUUUUUGUUAUUCUGGAGAUCAUGUGGACAGUGGUAGGUACGACUAGGUUAGCGACAGAAGGAUUGGGUUGUGAAAGGCGUGUGCUUGAGGCGGUUGCUUAAGGCCAUAGUCAUUACUACGCGUGUAUCAAGGGAGCCCUGAGUGGCAGCAACCACUUGAGAUGGCUUCGCCAUUCCUCUUGUUGCGCUGCGCUCGGCCUGGCACGUUGACACGUGUUAACACGUUGCCCACCG